AUGUCUGAAUUCGAAAAGGGUAAGGUCCAAGAACAAGAACAACCUCAAAUCAUCAAGAUCAGAAUCACUUUGACCUCCACCAAGGUUAAGCAAUUGGAAAACGUUUCUGCUAACAUUGUCAGAAAUGCUGAACAAUACAAAUUGACCAAGAAGGGUCCUGUCAGAUUACCAACCAAGGUUCUAAAGAUCUGCACCAGAAAGGCUCCAAACGGUGAAGGUUCCAAGACCUGGGACACCUACGAAAUGAGAAUCCACAAGAGAUACAUCGACUUGGAAGCUCCAAUUUCCGUGGUUAAGAAGAUCACUCAAAUCACCAUCGAACCAGGUGUCGAUGUUGAAGUUGAAGUUGCUAAGAACUAA